GCACCGUCGCAGCAGCGUUUACAACAAGAGCGGCUCUCGGGCUUUGUUUUGUGGACGUGAAUGAGCUCCAUCACCUCCUUCAGAAAUGUGGACGGAUAUAAGGACGUUGUUACUUUUUCAGUCGUUAGUCCUGAGGCUUCAUUUCUCGGAAGCAACGGAUGAGUGUGAGGAUGGACAGUUCCAGUGCAACAACAAAAGGUGUAUACCGAUCAUCUGGAGGUGCGACGACGAUGACGACUGCUCAGACAACAGUGAUGAAGAAAACUGCCCCAGGAAGACGUGCGCCCCCGCAGAGUUCGCCUGCUUAAACGGCCAGUGUGUCCCGGGACGUUGGCGAUGCGACGGGGAACCAGAGUGUCCCGAUGGCUCUGAUGAGGCAGAGGAGACAUGCAGCAAACAGACCUGCCCUCCAGAGAAAUUUGACUGUGGGGGAUCCACCAACAAGUGUGUCUCGUUGUCAUGGAGAUGCGACGGGGAGAAGGAUUGCGAGAACGGGGCGGAUGAAGAAGACUGCGCGUCUGAUGCCAAAGCCUGCCCCAGUGGUGAGUUUAUGUGUGCCAACCGCAAGUGUUUGGCCACCGUCUACGUGUGCGACGGUGACGACGACUGUGGAGAUGGCAGCGAUGAGCUCAAGUGUACUUCCCCUCUGACCUGCGGACCCAACCAUCUGCGCUGUAACACUUCAGAGUGUGUGCCACUCAUGUGGAGCUGCGAUGGAGAUCCGGACUGCUCUGACAGUUCGGAUGAGGGGCCGGAGCGCUGCGGUGGUGACGGGGUCUCAUACCUGCCUAACCGCCGGGCAAACUGCACUGCUGGGGAAUUUCGCUGUGCCAACGGAGAGUGUGUGCGGCUGACGUGGAAGUGUGAUGGAGAUCCAGACUGCAAGGACAAGUCUGAUGAGUCCGACUGCCCCCUGUUGACGUGUCGUCCAGAUGAGUUCCAGUGUGGUGAUGGUUCCUGCAUUCACGGCACCAAGCAGUGUAACAAGGUCCAUGACUGUCCUGACCACAGCGAUGAAUCUGGCUGUGUCAAUGCCACCAAAUGCGAGGGACCCCUGAAGUUCCUUUGCAAAAAUGGAGAGUGCAUUGAUAGCUCCAAGGUGUGUGACUCUGUCAAGGACUGCAAGGACCGAUCAGAUGAGCCUAAGAAAGAGUGCGACAUUGAUGAGUGUGAGAACCCUGACGCUUGUAGCCAGAUCUGCAUCAACUACAAGGGGGAUUUUAAAUGUGAAUGCUAUGAAGGUUAUGAGAUGGACCCUGUUACUAAGACCUGCAAGGCAGAAGGGAAGAGUCCUUACUUGCUGUUUACCAAUCGUCAUGAGAUCCGACGCAUCGACCUGGUGAAGAGGGACUACAACCAAGUGGUGUCCACCCAGAAGAAUGCUGUAGCUCUGGACCUGGACGUGGCCAACAACCGUAUCUUCUGGUGUGACCGCUUUCACCGGAAAAUAUACAGUGCCUUCAUCCAUGAGGCCAGUGACCCCUCCCAGCAGGUGCCACUGGUGGAUUCGUUGCAGGCCCCCGUGGGUCUGGCUCUGGACUGGCUCCAACACAACCUGUACUGGACAGACUCAGGAGACAAGUCCAUCUCUGUGGCCUCAGUGGACGCCACCAAGAGACGCGUCCUCAUCAACACCGACCUGAGUGAACCCCGGGCCAUAGCGCUGGAUCCCCACCACGGCUUUAUGUACUGGUCAGACUGGGGCACGCGAGCCAAGAUAGAGAAGGCCGGGAUGAAUGGAGUGGACCGACAGGUGCUGGUAGCUGAUAACAUUGAAUGGCCCAAUGGCAUCACUCUAGAUGUAGCCAACAGGCGUCUGUACUGGGUGGAUUCAAAGCUUCACCUUAUAGCCAGCGUGGACCUGAACGGAGCGCACAGAAGGACGCACAUGUCGUCUGCAGAGAGACUGGGUCACCCCUACGCUCUGGCUGUUUUUGAGGAUCGUAUCUACUGGACAGACAGAGACAGGGCAGCGGUCUUCAUGGCCAACAGGCUGACCGGACAGGACAUCCACACGCUGGCAGAAAACCUCAACGACCCACAUGACAUUGUGGUCUUCCACCAGCUCCUACAGCCGCAAGGCCCAGACAGCUGUAAUCUGGGCAGUGUGGCCAAUGGAGGCUGUGAGUACUUGUGUCUUAAGGCUCCACAGAUUACCGAACACUCGCCCAAAUACACCUGCGCCUGCCCUGACGGACAGGACCUGGGGCCUGAUAUGAGGGGCUGUGUGCCAGGAGCACCAAGAAGCGACAUGACGCCGACAUCCUCACCUCCUACUGGAUUUACACCUGGCACCAGAGCCACAGUUGCAGAAGACUUCCCCCCUCCCUCAGGGGGAGUAUCACAGGCAGACGCCACCCCCCACCUGACCACAGCUCCCUCUGGUGCCCCUGAUCCCCUCACACCCCUCUCCACUCUUAAGCCUAUGUCGUCACAAGAGUCAAAGGCACUGGGCUCCCACUCCACUGCCACCGCGAUAGUUGUCCCCACCACUCCUGCGGGGGACAGCAGCGUCUCUCAGCACUCUGGAAGCGAACAUUUCCUCCUGGGCGAGAACCUGACAGUGGCUGUUUUGGGAGUGGUCAUCCCCAUCGUUCCUAUCAUUGCCACAGUGGUGUUCGGCCUGGUGUGCGCCGGAGUCUACCUGGUGUGGCGUAACUGGAGGCGUAACUCCACCAAGAGCAUGAACUUCGACAACCCUGUCUACCGCAAAACCACUGGCGAGGGCGAGGAGGACGAGAUCCACAUCGGGCGGACUGAUGGAAUGGGACAUCACACGCACCACCACCCGUACCCGCAGGGCGUCAACAUGGGAGUAGUAGGAGCAGGAGGUGGCACCUGCCCGCAGUUCAUCGCCCUGCCACUCGGGGGCAGCAUGCCCGAUCCGGGGACUCACUGGUACACAGAGCAGCCAAUGCUCUCCACUGCAAAGUGACCCUCAAGAGCGGAUUCCGGGGGGAAGAUGGCCGCUCAGGCACACGCACACACAGUGAGGUCAGGAGCGACUGGGACUGAGUUUGCAGAAGGGACGAACAACAUAUCAUCAAGUGUCACAUGCAGCCAUUCACAGCCAAUGUCCUAUGCCAAUUUCCAUUUGAAAAACAGCAGAAUUAAUAAGACAUGAUUCUUUAGAAAAUUGUUUCAUACCUUUUCUGUGAUGGAGCUGGAUCUACUUUUUCUCCAGUAAAUGUUGAGAAUUAAUUGCAGAAUUGUGUUAUAAUGUGUUCUCAGCAUUGACCUGAACUGGAAUAUGGAGUCAGACUGGUUCUUGUUUUGAGUCUUUUGCAUUGAGAUGACUGAGUGCGGUGUGUGCUGUGUGUCUUAUAUUUUGUGACGGGGGCCAGCGAGAGGUUCUCUUUUGGUCCUUUGAUGUAUUAAUUUGGGCUUUUUGUUAUUCCUGGUGGGCCGUGGAGCUCUGGGAACACUGUUUAGGAAGGAGGAGUGCAGAAACUGGGACAGCGUCUGCGUUGAUGGGACAAUCUGUACAGAUUCGUGUAAGAAUCGAUCACAAUGUCAUGUCAUAACGGCCAAUACUGGAGCUGUCUUUUGCAGUUAACAUUUUCCUGGAUGGGCUUUCUUUUGUAAGAUUUUUCUUUUCUUCUUAAGAUUUAAAAGAACAGUUACCACCCACAUUAUGCUUUCUCUUUGGUUCGGAGGCAAGGGGUUAGUUGUCUAACAUUUCACAGUGCAGCUGAACUCUGUUGAUUUGAGGGGUUAUGUUUAUUUGACCUCCCAGAGAGAGUGCAGCAGUGUUGCAGACUGAAAGAAAGAAGGAGAAAAUGGAGUUAUACAGUAUUUAGAUAUUUGUUUUGUAUGAGCAGACAGGCUGGAAGGUUAGGGAGAGUUGUCUUUUUUAUUGUGACUUGUUUAGGUGUUAAAAGGUUUGAGAAAAGCAAUAGAGUGCAGUUUUUAGUCAGACUGCAGUGUUACGUGGUUGACAAAAAUCCUCAAGUGUUAAUAAUUUUAUUUCAUCACCUGCGUUUGACUGUGACAAAUACACACAUGAAUACACACGGGCAAAUUCACGCUGCUCUCCAGAGGACGGAGGCAAUGUGCACUUGCCCUCCGAAAACACAAACAGCAUGCAUAAUUGCUCACCAGCUAACAAUGCAGCCAUUCAUUGUUUCAGGCUACAUACACACACACACCAACACACACACACACGUAUGCACGCACACAUUCGCAAAAGCAAGCUGGAUUCCAGAGCCUCCUCCUGAGAAUCUGAGCAGACAGUUUUGGAUAGUGCCAUGUGGGAGGGCCCAGCUGGUGGCUGCAUGAUGAAAAAGAGCUGUCAUGUGAUGUAACCACAGAAAGCAAAAAUCAGACUGUGAUGUAAUGAGGUUGAGACCAAAUUGUCCUAUCAGUGAACAUGUUUCAUGCUGGUUUAGUCCGUCAUUAACUCUGUUACACCAUUCAUAAACCUUGAAAGUCUCUGUAUGUGUGCGUACUUGCUUGUGUGAGUGUGUGUGUGUGUGUGUGUGUGUGUUCAUUAUUAUGCAUGUGAGUGCUAAUGUUCAUCCCACAGCCAUAUUUGAACUGUUUUGUAUGCUCUUUGUUGCACAACCCUCUUAGAAUGCCUUCUGUAUUGUGUAUUGCAUGGAAGAAAACAGUGUAUGAAGGUGUGUGGAUACACAGGUGUGUAAGUGUGUGUGUGUGUGUGAGAGAGAGUUGUGUGUGGGACAGUGUAUGACACUGGAGAAGCUUUGAGGGUGCUUUUUGAUUCAUUGAUUUGUAAAUAUGUUUUCAUAAGGUUUUUGAUAAUGUAUUAUACAAUUAUGUAAAAGAGAAGAUGUACAUAAGAUUUUAGAUAAAGUGUUGACAGGUAUAUUAAUUUAUUUGUAUAAACGGAGAGCACUGCAUUCCCUGAUUGUAAGAAAUCUCAAUUAUCCACCAAAAUGAUUUGUGUUGUUUCUUGCUGUGCAUCAUUAAGCAUCCUUUUUUGUGUGCAACUCUUUUUUUCUUUGUGAGCCCAAGUAAAACAUGGUGUCCCCUCCUGAAAAAAUCCCACAUCUUUCACGCUUCCCAACCUUGGUGUUAAUGGGACGGUUGAUUUUUGUUUAUUUGUGCCUUUUUUGUUUACUUUUUGAUUUCCCCCUUGUAUUUUUUCAUCAAAAGGACAGGGAUCAGCCAACUACUGUACAUGCAAAGAUGAACUGCAUUAAGACCAAACUGGUUCCACUUUUUGAUUUUCUGUAAUGGAUUACUUUUGAAUAUCUCUAUAUAUUGAUAUAUAAAA